GCGGGUCUAUGAAGAGCAGUAGACACUGAGUAGUUUUACUUGAGCUGUUGGUGGUUUUAUUCAUUGGGAGGCUGCUGUGGAGAGACGGAGGAGAGCUACAUCGAUCCCUUCCAGCAGGACUCAGUGUCUCCUCAGCAUGACAAAUGUCUCUGCAUGGAGGUCACAUGCUCUGUAGAGACAUUGUGACUCAUGACUUGUGUCCAUUGUGUUCCUUCAACAUACACAAUGCUACAGAGACAUGAAGCUUCAGCAGCAGUUGAUAGAAUACGCACAUUAAAGGGAGGAGGACCACAAGCUGUCUUCAUCAUAUAAGUCCAGUUAGAAGAGAAACCCGGUUCUUCACCCCCUGACCUCACGUGGCUGGAUGAGCGUCAGGACACCAGCACAAUGACAGUAAAAGUCCUGCAUUCAAAUGGAUUCCUCAAGUGUGAAACGCAGCUUAUGGGCUCCGUGAACUAAUAAAUAUUAUGCUUCCAAGUCAAUUAAUGAUGCAAGAUAUUCAAAUGAAUAAUAUAGCAUUUCAUUUGAAUUGUUACAUUUUGACAUUUCUCAGUGAGGUAAAUGAAACUCAUGUUUUCUUCUUGUAUGAGUACUACAGUUAAGUGGAGGUAUCUUUAUACUUCUAUGAUUAUGAAAUACAUCAUAAAACAUCUGUAGCUGUUUGGGGACCUCAGGAGAGCGUGUUCCUCUGGGUUCGGCCCGUGGGGGUUUAGAUCUGGACUCUGAUGUUUGGUCUUUGCAGGUUUAUCGCUGAGGAAACAAGGAAGCACCGUUUCUAUUCUUCAAAAACAAAAUAUCACAUCUGCUUUUGUAAGUAAGUUGCAAUUGAUUUGAAUAAAUACUAUCAUAACAUCCGAAUUCAAAGGACCAAUCAGAUGUAAAGGAUUACAUUUAAAUCCUUCUUAGAAUUGUACAUUGCUUAAAUACUCACAAUGAGAAGCUCAGGAUGUAGAAAGUGAGGCAGAAAACAGUUUCUAGAUUCAAGAGGAAAUGCAUUUAGUCCUUUUCAGCCAAUCAGGAUGAUUUCUAUCUGAUGACCGUGUGACCAAACCUUUAAGGAGGAAGAAUUCAGUUGCAGUGCAAGAGAAGAGGGGGCUUCACCACCAUGAUGGGAGGACUCGCUCUUCUGCUUCUUUUAGGAACACUGUACCCGAUUGAAGCUGCAGAGGUUCAACAGGUCUCUUUGACGGAGGCUGAACUUGGUGGAAAUGUUACGUUUCAGUGUCCAGUUUCUGAGGAGGAAAAAAAUAUAUUGUACUGGUACAAGCAGCCUCUUGGAUGUACGAUCCAAACUGUUGCUACAAUAACUUUCACCAAACAAACACUUCGAACACAAUUUAACAACUCACGUUUCAGAGUCACUCAGGAUUCUUUGACCAUCAUGAAUAUCAGCAAAGAGGACGAAGCGACUUACUUCUGUUUCACUGGAUCACAAUUUUCACCACGUUUUGGUGACCGCACCUUCUUGAAUGUGAAAGAUGGAAGUCUGCAGAAAUCCUUCCACGUGGAACAAAGUCCGGAGGCUGAGUCCGUCCUGCCGGGCGACUCGGUGACCCUCCAGUGUUCUCUUGUCUCCAGGGACAAAGAGGACGGGGUCCAGUGUCCACACGGACACAGGGUGUUCUGGUUCAGAUCAGGAGGAUCCCAUCCAGGCUUCAUGUACACUCAGGAUACACAACCGGGGAACACAAGUUGUGUCUAUCGUCUGUCCAAAAGGAUCCGGAACUCCUCUGAUGCUGGGACUUACCGCUGUGCCGUGGCCUCAUGCGGACAGAUCCUGUUUGGUGGAGGAACCAAAGUGGACACAAGAUCAAACCUGAAAGUGGUUGUCACAGUUCUUGGCGUCCUGUUGGCGUGCUGUGUGACUGUGAUUAUCCUCCUUAUUUUCUACGUGAAUCGAAGGAGAGCUGAAGCAGAAGCAACAAGCGGCGCCUGUAAUCCUGCUCAAUCCCAGCGGACAGCGGAUCAAUCAGCUGACCCGGGCGGAGACGGAGAAGUAAGUAAUUAUGCAGCAGUGAAUCUUUCCACAAGACGUGAAGUGAAAAGAGUGAAGAAAAGAGCUUCUUCACAGGAGUGUGUGUACUCCGCUGUGCGAGUGAACACACAACUCCACCUGUAGAGCAGUGAGGCUUCUCAAUGGACGGACUUUGUUCAGCUUUGAAUGUUCAAAACAAAUGAGGGGAAGUUCAUAUUGUCAUUUGAAAUGAAAUGCUUCCUGUUGGUCGAGUUCUUCUUGUGAGACACGUGAGCACGCUGGAAUGUGACUGGUUGUCGAGGCGGAAGGAAAAGACAUCAGUGCCUGAGGAAGAAGUAUGCCAGUUUUCAUUUGCAUGGAAGAUGUCAGAGAAAAGCCUUAUUUCUUCUUUAAGCAGUUACUUUCUAAAUCGCUGCUUUUAUUGUCUUAGUGGAUUAACAGUGUUAUUUUAUUUUCAU